AUUUCGUGGUGCUGUUUGAUUUUAUCAUCGUUAUUAAUUAUCUCAAUAUUGUUUACAAUAAACUAUAACAAAUAUACUUAAAAUAUCGUAUUUAUAUCAGUAAAGGUGCUAAAUUAUUGAAAUGUUAUUGCUUAUAUACAAAGAAUAUAAAUAUGUGAUACGUUAUUGUGUGUUACGCGAAGAAAGAAGUUGGCUUAAAUAAAUCUAUUCAAAUUGUCUUAAUUUGGGAGUCUACAAUAAACGCAGUACAAAACAUGGCAACAGUACAAAAAAUUGAAUCAAAAUUAAUAACUUUAAAGGAUACCCGUCCGAGAGAUAGUAUGAACAAUGAAAUAUCGUCAACGUCCAGUGAAGAUGGAUCAAAUCCAGACGCUAUCACAAAAUUCAAUAAUUUCUACAAGUCGAGAUACACAGAAUCAACUCAAUCUGAUAAUGAAAUACUAGAAUCACCAAGAUCUGUGGUACAAGCAAGAAAUCAUUAUAAGUCAAUGGGUAAUAUAACGGAUGCCUAUAGAGAAAAUCAUACCGUACAAAGUAGUAUAAGCAACGUAGACCUAAGUCUCCAUAGGAGUGAAAUUAAAAAGUUUGAGUCACUUCGUAUACCAAUUGUUGGUUAUGAAGUGAUGGAAGAACGAGCGAGGUUCACGAUAUACAAGUUGAAAGUUGAAGAUGACAAACGUGAUCAAUCCUGGCUUGUAUUUAGAAGGUAUACUGAUUUUGUCAGGUUAUACAAUCGUAUAAAAAGCGAACAGCCCAACUUACUCUUACCGUUGCCUGGCAAACGUUGGUUUAGGGAUAAUUUUCAACCAGCGUUCCUCGAAGAAAGGGUUAGAGGUUUGCAGACAUUUGUAAACGCGAUUUUACAUAAGCUUCCAAAUCAUUCGGUUGUCAGAGAAUUUUUUUGCUUGGAUGAACCGCCCCAAGUGUUCAGUUAUCAACCGGAAGUGCAAGCCGUUUACGGUGCUUUGGAAGACUCGAUAACUACCCUUAAAGUACAAUUGAAACAAAAGGAUGCAACGAUAAUGCAUUUGCAAAAACGUGUCGCGCUUUUGGAAGAUCAGAUCAAAAACUGCCCUACUUGUAGUACAAAUAAAUCUGCUAAUAUGUAAUAUUUUUGGUAUAUUUAAAACAGGCAGCUGUAAUUCAGAAUUGCUCGGUAAGUUGUUUAAAAAUAAUGACAAUAAUUACCUUGGGUUUAAUUGUGGUUCUUUAAUCUAAAGUUAUCAUAAGUUAUUUAUUGUGAAGGCAGAUAUACUUGAUUGAUUCAUGAUAAAAGCUCGAGUGGAAUAGUCAGGUCGGUCAAACCAACCUAAAAAGCUGAUGCCCCUUUAAUACUAUUUUUAUUAUAAUAUCAUUUAAUAUUCUAACAAAAAAAUUAAAUAAGUAGUAGUAAGGAUGGCUAAAAUAUCAACCUCGUGGGUUGGGCAUAAUUGGCAUUGGCAUAAUUUACAGUCUUUGGAAUAUUGUAUGGAAUGGUGAAUUGCAAUUAAACCUAUUAUUAAGUAAUGCUUAGUAUGUAGACUUAGUGAAUUUAAGAGAUAUAUUUUUAAUAUUUAACUAAAACAGAUAGAAUGUGGGGAACAUUAUUGAUAUAUUUUCAAAAAAUUUAACAUCAAUAUUAGUUGUAAUGUAAGCGAUAUGGCUUACUAAGAGGUGAAUUGUUUCAAUAAAAAAGAAUUGUCGUUCAAAACAUCCUGGAAAAACUUUUUUCUCAUGAAGGACUAUUACAAAAGGGACCAAAUCUAUUGAUAUAUCCAGAUACUAGCAGUCAGGCAAGGGAGGUCAACACCCUCCCUUUUCCAACUUCACUAUUAUUAAAUCUCAGUUUUCAAUUUAUUAAGUUUACCUAAGCAAAAGUUGGAUAAUAUUUUCUAUAGAACUUUCUAGAGAUUGUAGAUUUUUUAGACAGAAGAUUUGAUUCUUAUAAGCAAACGAAACCACGGACCAAAUGAUUAAUUAAUACCGAUAAAAAUUACUGAGUUAGUUUCUUUUUAUAAUGUAUUCAUAAUCCUGGCAAGACUACACUCAAGCCCAUCCGUCAUUCCCACCAAAAGGCAAAGAUUUAUUUAUGAUCUUUCAAGAAUGAACCUUUUUUUUAAUCUCUUUAAAUUUACUGCCUCUGUACGCGAUGUACAAAUUAAUGAGUGAUAUUAAAUUAUAUAUAAUAAUGUAUCAUUUAAUGAUAAUUAUUGUCAAUUAAUGUUAAUAUAAUAUGUAAUUUCAAUAAAAUUAUUCUUUAUAUAAUAUUAUAUUUAGUACAUACAUUUAAGUAAAUAAAUGGCUGGAAUACACUAUUUAAUUAAAAAUGAAAUAAAAUUAUAUUUUAUUUUAAGGACUGAACAAUUUUGUAACAGGUUGUAAAAUGUCAGAUUAAAGUUAUUUCAUCUGUGAAAAUUUAGUUAUCGGGAUGCUGGAAAACAUUUUAUAAGCGACGGAAAUGUGUUAAAGGAAGUAGGGAAUAACAUUAUUAUAUAACUCCAUGAACACAUAGAUGGCGUUAGUUAUUUAUACACACUUAUUACAUUCUUCUACAUUAUAUUCGAAUGACAGGAGUAUAGAUAAAUAAACCAAGCAUUAUAUAUCAACUUUGACAUCAUUCAAUUUUUUUUUCAUAGUUCAUAUAGCCAAUGACAUGUCAUGCCAAGGCAAGAUCAAAGUGUUUAUUUGUCUUUUAUCCUGUUAUUAGAAUAAGCUCUAUAUCAGUUUCAUUCCCGAAUUGGGAAACAUUAUUAGAAUGUUUUAAUUUGUCCAAGCAACACUUGUAUUAAACAUUUUAAAGUCAAUGUUACACAACAUAGGCACAUCUUUUUUUCUUUUGUUAUCUGUUAAUGUGCAUGGUACAAAAAAAGUUACGUUGUUUCAUGAUAUAAAAAUAUGAUAUUAUUUUAUUCAUAGGUGCUAAUUAAAUAUAGUUUUAAUUGUAGAAGCAUUUAAUUUUAGUUAUAGAUAUUAUAUAGAAAGCAUUUUUAUUUUAUUAUAUUUUUUAUGUUAAUUUAAUGUAUAUUAUUUAGAAAAAAAAAAGUUUUUGAAAUGUCAAACGUCAGUAUGUUCGCGCCAAAAUUUUCGUAACCGUAUAUUUUUGUAACAUUUAAAUAUAAUAUUAUGUACAUUUUCAUUCAAUAUACAAUUAUAAUAUUAAUUAUACUGCAGGUUUAUUUUAAUACGAACAAUUUCAAUUCAAUCAAAAGGAUUUUUUUUAUUUAAUUUAUUGU